GCAGGCAGCUGUUGGUAUGGUCGCUGCAAAUCUGCCGUGCGCACUCAGAGCAUCAGCACAGAUGGGCCCGAUGAUCCGAGCACGACGCAUGCGAUCUCCGCUUCGACUGACCGGCUGAGCCUCUUUAUCUGUUGACUUUUGCGGGGUUUUUUUUUUUUUUUUUGGUUGCUCCGUCCGUUCAGUUUGACAUGUGACCGUCCACGGGUCGGCGAUGAAUAACAGCACCGGCUUGGAGGAGCCGGUCGGAGCCGGCGGGGAUCAUCAUCAUCUCCCCGCGCACCGGGCGCUCACGGGCUGCGUCCUGGCGCUGCUCAUCAUCUGGACGCUGGUCGGGAACUUCACCGUGUGCGUGGCCGUGUACCGCUACCGACACCUGCGCGUAAAGGUGACCAACAUCUUCAUCGUGUCCCUGGCUCUGUCGGACCUGCUCGUGGCCGUGCUGGUGAUGCCGUGGAAGGCCGUGGCCGAAGUGGCCGGCUUCUGGCCGUUCGGGGGCUUCUGCAAGACCUGGCUGGCCUGCGACAUCAUGUGCUCCACGGCCUCCAUCCUCAACCUGUGCGUCAUCAGCGUGGACCGCUACUGGGCCAUCUCCAGCCCGUUCCGCUACGAGCGCUGCAUGAGCAGGAAGGUGGCGUUCGUGAUGAUCGGGGUGACGUGGACGGUGUCCGUGGUCAUCUCCUUCGUGCCCGUGCAGCUGGACUGGCACCGGGCGGAGAUGAUGAGCGAGCCGGACCCGCAGCAUCAGCACCAUCAGCAUCAGCAUCAGCAGCAGCAUGAGCGCGCCGGGCAGGAUUAUUUGGAGCCUCAUGCGCGCGUUUGGAGCUGCGACUCCAGCCUGAGCCGCACUUACGCCAUCUCUUCCUCCCUCAUCAGCUUCUACAUCCCCGUGCUCAUCAUGAUCGUGACGUACACCCGCAUCUACCGGAUCGCCCAGACGCAGAUCCGGGUGAUCUCGUCCCUGGAGCGCGCGGCGGAGCACGCGCAGAGCUGCAGGAGGGCGCACGUCGUCCCCGAGCUGUUCCCUCACAUGUGCACGGAGAUCACGGCCAGCUCCUACCAGUCCCGCAUCAGCAUCCACCCGGACUCCCGCUGUCCCGGCCGGUCCCACCGGGAGCUCAAGGUCUCCAUCAGGAAGGAGACCAAAGUGCUGAAGACUCUGAGCAUCAUCAUGGGGGUGUUCGUCUGCUGCUGGCUGCCGUUUUUCAUCCUCAACUGCGCCCUGCCCUUCUGCCCCGGGCCGGAGGUCCAGGGGGCCCACCGGGGCCCCUACUGCGUCAGUGAGAAAACCUUCGACGUGUUCGUGUGGAUCGGCUGGAGUAACUCGUCCCUGAACCCGGUGAUUUACGCGUUCAACGCGGACUUUCGGGACGCCUUCCUGCGCCUGCUGCGCUGCCGCGGCCGCGGCUUCCUGGCCACGGUGAGCGCGGCCGUGGAGACCGUGAUGGCGAGCAACGAGGCGGGGGGGACCCGGAGGGACAGCCCGCUGGGGCCCAAGCUCAGCGUGUCCACGAACACCCGGGGCAGCCAGGACAGCGGGAACACCACGGUCACCGUGUUUUAUCACAGGAGCCCGACGCUGGAGCAGGUGACGGACACGGAGGAGAGCUUUGGCAAAGACAGGCUGACGAACAUACCCGCGUAAAUACGCAGCAGGAGAUGCUUUCAACGACCCAUGGGGAAAUAUUGUACAGUAUUUUUGAAUGCAUGAACCAAUGCAGUGCAGUUGUGCUACAA